AUGGUGCUCAUGGACAAGGAAGAGGAAGGCUUUGUGUUUGAAGAUCCAAAUCCACAGGUCCGUAAAGAUUACCGUUGGUCUGCUGUGGGCAAGGUUUGUUCUCCCCAACCAAUGAAGAUGUCUGUAGUUGAGAAAACCAUGCCAAGAGCUUGGGGUCUGCACCGGGAAGCAAAGUUCGCUGAGAUUGGGCCUAAUAUCUUUGAAGUUCACUUUGGGUCAGAGGGGGAUUACAUGCAUGUCAUCCACAAUGGCCCGUGGCAAUUUGAUUUCAGUGUCCUGGUGAUGAAGAAGUAUGAAGGCGACAAGAGGCCGUCAGAGAUGAUCUUUGAUAAAAUUGAUGUUUGGGUGAGGAUUUCGGACCUGCCGCCUAAUAAGAGGACCGAAGCUUUUGGUAGAGCCUUGGGGGAUUGGUUGGGAGAGAUAGUCAGGGUUGAUGUGGACAAGGAAGGCAUGGCUAGAGGACAGAAUUUCAGAGUUAGAACAAAGAUCUCGGUUUUUGAACCGCUAGUCAGAGGCAUCUUUUUGAAGAAGAAGAAGGACGAUAAGGAGAAGACAUGGUUUGAUUUCUAUUAUGAGAAGAUCCCGCACUUUUGUUUUGAUUGUGGGAGACUGGUUCAUAUUGGAGGAGAGUGUGAGCCUCCGGUGGACUCGACGCUGCAGUGGGGGGGCUGGCUGAGGGCGUCUCCGGGAAGAAAUAACUCUGGAAAGGAUGGAUCGGUGACAGGUGCGACCAACAACAACAAUAGUUUUGGCGGCUCUCACACUGGUGAGGCUGCAAGGAACAACAGCGAGCACCCUAAAGUCCGAGACUUGCCCACUAAGAGGAACUUGCAACCAGACUUUUCUUGUACCUCAGAUGGGCGAACGGGGGAACACAGAGAACGCAACGGGGUAGAGGUAUCUAGCCCAAAGAAAGCAAGAAACAAAACUGAUACGCCUUGGGGCCGUGAUCUCCGAGAGAGUCUGGAAGCUCGACGAGAAAGCGAUCUUAGAACCAAACUGAUGGAGCAGCAAGAAGAAAAUCAGAAGGAAGGACGCAGGGAGACGGAGUGGGGACGAAGGAGCCAGGACAAAAGAAAUGGCCCGAGCAGGAUUAUUGAGCAAGGAAGCUCUAGCGGGUACCAUGCACAAGCGGGUCAGGUCGACCCACUGGGGGGGCCCGACAUGCAUGGGAACCGGGAAAGACGCAGGGGCUAUUACGUGAGGAAGGACAUGAGGGAUUCAAGAGAGGAUCACCGUUCGGGUCCGUAUGCAUGGAGAGAGGAUGGAAAUAGAAAGCGGAGGCCGAGGCAGGUGUGGGUAGCCAAAGGCAAUGCAGAGAGAUUGGGCAGCGAGGAUGAGUUCAUUCGCGAGAUGAGGCGUAAAACAGCCUCAGUGUUUGAUCGCAUCCAAGACAGAGAUGAUCAAGCGGCGGACCCUGUCGAACAGGGCCACCGGACGCAAUGA